AUGCACUUUCUCAAAAAGCUGCGCUCUCCCUCACGCUCGAAAAGUGCGGGGAACGAGUCCAUCUCGAGCGCGUUCAGCUGCAGUAACAGCAGCCAUUCGUCACCUGCACACUCGGACCGGAGUAUCGACACUACCAGGCAGAUUCCCCGCCAUAUUCUUUCCAAGAUAUUCUCCUAUAUCUGCCCGCACGCCCUCGAUGAAUCAUACAAAUCGGCCGAGGAAUCUAUGACCGAGGAUGGCUGUAUGCUCUGCGACAUGCGCGACUUGGCCCAUUGUGCCCUGGUAUGCAAACGAUGGCAUUCACUAGCGCAGACACUGCUAUAUCAGCAUGUGCGGAUUGAUGCGGUGCACUAUUGCGAGCUCGAAAUCGAGCUUUCGUCAAAGCGCAAACGUCGUUCCUUCGUUGACCGAACCGGAAAGUCCAUUGACGCUCCCCAAAUGCGCCUGUUGUUAUUCAUGAGAACGGUCAGAGACUCUUCGCAGUUCGCCAACAUGGUCUUCUCCGUACGACUGCCUUACAUGACGCGAGAAUCCAGCAAGUCUGAGCUUGCGCGUACAAUAUCUGUUCUCCCGCAUCUGAGAUACGUGGAUCUGCCCGCCGGGUUCUUCAGCGACGAUGUUUCAUCGUACACGCUGAAGCAGGAGUUGAUGGCGAAUUGUCCAGAGAUUCGGCGCAUGACUUACGCGCAUGGGUCAGAGGGAAGCUUCUCGCGAAUUCCAGGGUCAGGGCUGUGGAAGAGCUUGGAAGUUCUGGAAUUAUCGGACUUGCAAAUUGAAGAGAGCACGCUGCGGCUAGUCCUCAGCUCGUUUCCCAUCUUACAAAGCCUGAAAUUGGACAAUUUGCAGGCAGUGAGAGAUUCGGUUUUCAUGCCCACCCAGUCAUUGCCGCCAUUUCCCGCUGUGAAGAAGCUGAUUAUAUGCAAAAUGCCACAACUCACGGCUAAUGGAUUAGCUACCCAUCUUUCUAUACGUCAAAAUCGCGAUGCUUUGACAAAUCUCGUGCUAGUGCAGACUGGGGUCCUAGCUGAAUCAUUACAUUUGCUUCUUUCCCAAGCAUCACAGCUCACAAGCCUCACUCUAGAAGCGGUCGUAGAACGAUUGUUCCCAGUUCAGGAUGUCCCACUUCUUGCGUCGAAGAGUGUGAAAACACUACACUACGAAAUCGCAACUGCUACGAGCUCAUACGGAAUGCAACCUGUGUCCGGCUCUUAUUACAAAUAUUUGUUGGCUUCAUUAACAUCUAACUCUCUCCCCGCCUUACGCCAGCUCUACGUCCUCGACGCGCAUUUCGCAGACUCCCUCCUCUACAGCCCUCCACCGCGCUUUGGCGCACAGGCAGCUGGAUAUGGAAUCACACAAUCCUUGUCUCUUUACACCAAAGGUAUAGAUGAAUUGGAAUGGAACCUUACUGAAUUCGAGCCCAUUUCACCGCCAUCCCAGACAUCGCCAUUAUCGCAAUUAUCACCCUCCUCCGCGAACCGAGCUUCUGCAACGAGACCAGUCAGUUUCCAUGCCGCACAAUUGAGUACUCGCUGGGGCGGAGAUGCGCGUGAGAGUGUUGUCGUUGGGAACGGGUUUGGUGGCUUUCUGGCAGUUCCUGUGAAUGAGGGACGGCCGAAGAGUACUGAAGGAUGUAGCUAUAAGAGAUCCAGUAAAUACGACAUGUGGCGAUAGAAGGGUCUCUCUUGCAUGUACGAUGAUACCAGUGACGAUUAAUAAUGAAUCAAG